AUGGUGCCUUCGCGUUUAGACAGUGUCACAGGCCCUAUUACCUCAGGAAGGAUGCAGGACGAAGACUGCCUUCAUCUUACGGUGACUGCAUCAGUUGAGGCACUCACAGAUGGAAAAAAGCGGCCUGUAAUGGUGUUCCUACACGGAGGAGCAUAUGUCUCUGGUGGUGGAGACCUUGAUGCAUAUUCACCCGUCGGACUCGCACAACGCGGUCUCGUCAUGGUCAACAUCACACAUCGGCUUGGACUCUUUGGAUACCUACCCAUUCAUGAUAGAGCCCCUGCAAACCUCGGACUCUAUGAUCAAAUCAUGGCGCUAGAAUGGAUCCAGGGCAACAUUGCUGAUUUUGGAGGAGACCCAAAUCGCGUUACUCUUUUUGGGGAGUCUGCUGGCGCGGAUUCCAUUUUCUGCCUCAUGAUAGCUGAAGGGACUCGACAUCUAUUCCAUCAAGCAAUCCUUCAAAGCGCUCCACUAGGAGUAAGAAUGAUGGAUCGCGAACAAAUGAUACAAGCCCUCGGCGCUUUGGGUCAUCAUCGACUUGCAUCUUCUGAAGCACCCAGGACCACCGAUGAGAUGCUCUGUCUGCAGGUAGAGCUACUUAUGGAGGCCAAGAAACAUCCCUCUGGAUUAAUGGCUUUUGGGCCUUCCCUGGGUCAUGCACCUCUUCCACCGCUUUCAGAGGUUUCUCACAAGGUCCAGCAGGCAGCAAAACAGAUCAAUCUAUUCAUCGGUUACACAACACAUGAAGGCGCACCCUUCGCAAGAAUGAACGAUACCUUGCGGUCUUAUUUUGAUUUGCCACUUAUUGGAUGGCUUAUCGAGCGACUUAUGAACUCCCUUUCCUAUUGGGUACCUGGACAGACUGGGCAAAAGCCCCCAUGCUACACGGACCGGAAUCGAGAGUUGUACUUCACAGUUUAG